AUGACCAUUGCGGAUGGAUGGAAAUUGCAUUGUGCCACAAUAACUUGUUUACCGUAUGCUACGUUUACUGCAUCCAGUAUUCUUCAGUGUCAAACCAGUUGUUUACGACAAACUCAAUGUGAAGCUAUUAGUUUUCAUCACUCGACUUCGUAUUGUCAAUUGUUUAAUAGUGAUAUAAAUCAAAACAGCAGUUUAGAAGCAACUGCAGAUACCGUUACUAUGAUGGUUAUUCCUGGCACACGGAUACCACCUGGGUCAAANUAUUGUCAAUUGUUUAAUAGUGAUAUAAAUCAAAACAGCAGUUUAGAAGCAACUGCAGAUACCGUUACUAUGAUGGUUAUUCCUGGCACACGGAUACCACCUGGUAAGCAUCUAUUCAAUACAUGA